GCCAGAGGCUGUCAGUGCAGUCAAGGCGUCAUAACGGUGCCGCUGCUUUUCCGGCGAUUGUUGGACCGCUCAACGGGUUACACAAAUGACUCGCUGGUCGCACAUUUGGUAGAGACUGGUGCAAUCACGCAGGGACACAUCGAGGCGGCCUUUCGGGCUGUGGACCGCGGGAAGUUCCUUCCAAAUCUUGAGGAGGGAACGUCAGAGGUCUACGACGAUGCCCCUGUCAGAUUCGGCCACUUCCACAUGUCGCAGCCUUCGCUUUAUGCAGAAGCAGUCGCAAAUCUGGAUCUCCGGCGAGGGCUGUCGUUUCUCAACGUGGGCUCAGGGACGGGCUAUUUGUCCUCGAUUGUCGCAGAGAUUGCUGGUCCUGGCCUGCAUCACGGUGUGGACUUGUAUUCAGACCUGCUGGACCACGCGCAGGAGAUGCUUCACGUGCAGAAAAAGGAGUACAUCCAGUUUUUCGAGGUAAAUGCGCAUGACCUGGACCUUGUCAUGUGUCCACGAUAUGACCGCAUGUACCUGGGAGCCUGUGCUGGUGGCCAGUCAAAGCGACUUCUAGCGCUCUUGCAAGUUGGUGGUAUCGCAGUCGGCCCCUUUGAGACAUCUUCAGGCCAGUAUAUUCGCCGCGUGUUGCGAACGUCCGAAACGACUUUCGACGUCAAGAACCUGAAGCAGGUGUCCUUCGGUCGACUGCUUCCCUCAGAGGAACCAAUGCGGAGGCCAUCAUUUGUGUUGCCGUCACCACCAUGGACUCCUUCCACGCAUGCUGCACACAGCAAAGGCUUCCGCAGCGCGGUCCGCGAGGUGCUUCUGUGCACAACCCACGUCAACUCGCCGGCCCACAUAGUCCCCAGAGACAUCUUUGUGAAACAUGUCUUCGGUUUCAUGCACCCCCGAUGGUUUAGCAGCGCCACAGAGGCCCCCUUUCGGGAGCGGUUGGAUGGAGCUGAAGAGCAGCCAAUGGAUGACGAGGGAACUUACGACGAAGACUCUGCCAGAUUGCAGGUGUUGCGGACGUUGGCCAUGUUUGCCCGGCAGCAGCGCGACCUCGAGGCGCAGGAGAGUGAUGAUGCUGUGCGAAGCCGCAUUCAGAGCCUGUUUCGCAUGCUGAAUCCGAAUCUCGGUCACAUGGCCCACACUGGGCCAGAUUCAGACGAGGAGGACGCGGAGGAGUCUGCUGCUGAGCGGAAUCCCAGUACUGCAGAGGGGCGCCUCAAUGGAGGCUAUCCCGCGACUGGCUGA